CAACUUCUCGACCAUUUUCCAUUUCCUGGCUCUCUCGCUGCCUCUUCCUCCUCUUUGGCUAAGCUCUCAAACCCAGUAUGUAUAUGAGAAACCUCUUCAAGCCUCAAUCGUUUAUGCUAACAUUUUUCCUUAUUCACAUCAUUUACUGAUCUGGGUCUUCAGUAGUUCUCUUUCAGAUCAUAGCUUCCGCCACUUUUUGGCCUCAGUUACUUCACGUUGAAACCGUCAAUAGAAACAAACCCACUUGUUUCUUGCAGUUUUAGCCUCUCGAUUAGUAUAAAUCAGAUUUUGAGAAUUGGGUUUUGCUUUUUACAUGCAGAAAAUGGAUGUGUGCUUAUAAGAAAUCUCCUUGACUUAAUCAAAAUUUUAUCAGGGGAGUUUCUUCAUUAUGGGAAGAGGUAAAGGAAAAGGAAAGAAGCGAACUGCUAUUGCUGCCCGUGAGGAUCCUGGAAGUGGUGAAGAAGGAAAAAGUCCAGGGUACAGGAGAAGAGGAAGGCCUCAAAAACCAUUGAAGGAUGAAAUCGAAGAAGAAGCAGAAGAGGAAGAAGAAGAAGUUGCUGAAAAGAUAGAAGAAGAUGGUGAGAAUUCUAAAUGCAAUAUUUCUAGAAAAGAUGUGAAAAAUCCAGCUACCAUAGAGAAUGGACGAAAGAGGAAGAGGUCUGCCCAGGUCAAAGAAAGCAUAGAUUCGGUGGGAGUGGAGAAUGGUAUUGGAACAAAAUCAAGCCCCAAUGAUUCAAUUAAGUCUGUCGGAUUUCGACAAAAUGGAAGUAGGAGAAAAAAUAAGCCUCGCCGAGCUGCUGAAGCUGGUGUUGAGUGCAAGUGAGCUUGGAUUGGCUAUUAUAAUGGUUGCAUACCUUCUCUUCCCUUGGAUAAGUCUUUCGUAUGGAGAGGGGCUUUGUUAACUUUCCUAUGGUUUCCUGUAAUUCCUGUCAUAUAUUUGCUUUUUGUAAUAUCUGAGCUCCCAUUCCUCUAUUAAUGAUUUUGAUUGGGAGGUUUUGGAGCAGAUUAUCCCACCAGAAUUUUGCAUGGAGCUAGCACCUUUAAAAUUUAUUUACUACUUUUCUGCUA